ACCGGCUGGCGAGGCCCAGCCAUACUCCGUGGACUGGGAUAGUUGUGGCUCCAUAGUUGGUCUUGGUCAUUGUGGUGUCAGCUUGGUCAAUCUGUCCAGGCGAUGGUGGAUUUCCCACCGGAUACACCAGAAGACGGUACGUCGGUGUGAGGCGUCUGAUUUGCAGGAUCUGACGGCGUGUUUUUUUUUGGACGACAUGGUUUCUAACGAAGAAUUACGAAGUGGUGCGGCUGAAUGGUUGCUGACUAUAGAAGAAGGCGGCCGCCGGUUGCAGGAGGUUGUGGAUAUUUUGUGUUCGAGCCAUGGUGAUCAGUUAGGGGCUGCAGGGGGGACAGUCACACUACAGCCAUGGCUGGAGGACAUGAUGCAGAGUAUGCUUGAAGUCAUUUGGGAGUUGGAGGAGGGGUCGGCUCCUUCGCUUGAUGACUUUGUGGAUUGGCAUCAAGCUGGCUUGCUCAUGCACAGGUGCUACGACAUCCUUAGGAGCGGCCAGGAUCGUUGUGCAGCCUUGGAGGCGGGAUUGUCGCCUGCGACAACGAACGGAGAGAGCAGAGGCAAUAACAACUUCAACAUCAACAUCGAUUGUAACGAGUCGGACUGCAACGACAACGACAUCAUCGACAGAGGUGGCAGUGGUAACAACAGCGACAACAACGUCGACAAUAACAAUGAUAGAAACAUCAACAACAACAACAAUAACAACCUCACGAUUGUCAACUAUAGCUUUCUUGGUGUCAUGAAAGACAACUGUGGAGACGACAUCGUUAGCAAAGGGAUUGACCUUGGAGGUGGUGAGAACAUCAAUGAAAACGACGACAAUAACGACAAUAAUAACUUCAACAUCUUCAACAACAACAACAACAACAACAACAACAACAACAACAACAAACAGCUCAAGAAGAUUAACGGCAGUUUUAUUGCUGACGACAACUACGGAGACGAAAUCGACGGCAAACGGAUCGACGACAAUAACUGUGGAGAUGAAAUUGAUGGUCAAAGGAUCGACAAUAAUAAUGGCGCUAUUGGGAUCAGCGGUACUGCUGGCAACAAUAACACCGACAGGAUUAACAACAACAAUAACUACGGUUAUGGCGAUGAUGCCAAGGAUGUUAAGGACAAUUUGGAGAUCGAUCGCGGGUGCAGGGGGAUGCCCAGAGUUGUUGGUUGGCAGCGGAUGGACGUGGGUUAGUCGGUGGGGAGUGGAGUUGUCCGGUUCGCAACUCCAAUCA